GGAAUAGGAAUAUCCAAAAUUUCACAGCUCCUACAACAUGUUGUUGGCUAAUGCCAACCUCAUCUCCUGCAACUUCUCAACCUUCCCAUCAUCCCUUCCAUCCAAAACUUCACUCCAAACCCAAAACCUCAAGCCCAGAAUUCCUCACUCCAAAACAGCCUCAAAAGUUUCAACCUUUUCUAAACCCAAUAGUAAAGCUUCAAUCUUUACAUUCCACAAGGGCCACCUUCAAAUUUGUCACAGUACCUUGAAUAGCCAGAAACCAGACGACCCAGUUCUGAAUGAAGGUGAACCAUUAGAGGUUGAAAAUGGUGGUGAUGAAAAGAACUGGACAACCUCAAUUCUGCUAUUUUUGUUGUGGGGGGCACUCAUGUUCUACGUGUUCACUCUUUCUCCAAAUCAGACCCCGUCAAGGGACAUGUAUUUCAUAAAGAAACUCUUGAAUUUGAAGGGAGAUGAUGGUUUUAAAAUGAACCAAGUGCUUGUGUCUGUCUGGUACAUCAUGGGUUUGUGGCCUUUGCUAUAUAGCAUGCUGCUGCUUCCAACAGGGAGAAGCUCAAAAAGCAGCAUUCCUGUCUGGCCCUUCUUAAUACUUUCAUGCUUUGGUGGAGCAUAUGCCCUUCUUCCCUAUUUUGUACUUUGGAAACCACCACCACCUACUGUUGAUGAAAGUGAGCUUGGAAGAUGGCCUCUCAACUUCCUAGAAUCUAAAUUAACUGCUGGGAUUGCACUUGCUGCAGGGCUGGGAAUAGUCAUUUAUGCAGGUCUAGCGAGUGGGGCUGACUGGAAUGAAUAUUACCAGUACUUCAAUGAAAGUAAAUUUAUCCAUGUCAUGAGCCUUGAUUUCACCCUACUAUCUGCAUUUGCUCCAUUUUGGGUUUACAAUGAUAUGACUUCACGAAAACGGUUUGACAAAGGCUCUUGGCUUCUGCCUUUGUCAGUGGUGCCAUUUCUAGGCCCUGCUUUGUACCUCAUCUUACGACCAUCACUCUCAACGAAACCUAACUCACUGAGCCCUGCUGAGCCAGAAUAGAAAUUAAGAUCUUUGUGUCAGUAUCAUAUGCAUAAAGAUUACAUCACAGAUAGGGAAUGGAAUGCAAACCGUCAUACAGAUGUGGAGAUCCCAGUCAUGAAAGAGGCUUGAGAUUUCAUAUCCCAGCUAGGCAGCUAUAGCAUCCUUGUGGGUGUGCUUAAAUGACAAAAUACACUGUAUUUAGCUUCUUAUAGAACUCGAACCCUUUCAAAGCUUGGUGUGUAGCUAAGAACACCAAAGAUUAGAAAUUUCUACAAAAGCUGCAUGUUGUAACUUAA